GGUGCCUGCCCUGCCCGCCUCCAGGCCAUGCUACUGCGACUCCUCACCCUGGCUCUGGUGACAGGGCACGCAGGGACGGAGACCCGGAUCAUCAAGGGCUAUGAGUGUCCCCCGCACUCCCAGCCCUGGCAGGCCGCCCUAUUCCAGAAGACGCGGCUGCUCUGUGGGGCCACCCUCAUUGCCCCCAGAUGGCUCCUGACGGCCGCCCACUGCCUCAAGCCCCGCUACGUGGUUCACCUCGGGGAGCACAACCUGCAACGCCCAGACGGCUGCGAGCAGACACGGGCGGCCACGGAGUCCUUCCCUCACCCCAACUUCAACAACAGCCUCCCCAACAAGGACCACCGCCAUGACAUCAUGCUGGUGAAGCUGGCCAGCCCCGCCUUCCUCACCCGGGCCGUGCGCCCCCUCGCCCUGUCGCAGCACUGCGUCACCCCGGGCACCCAAUGCCUCAUUUCUGGCUGGGGCACGACGUCCAGCCCCCAGUUGCGCUUGCCCCACACCUUGCGAUGUGCCAACAUCUCCAUCAUCGCACACAGCGACUGCGAGCGCGCCUACCCCGGGAACAUCACGGCCACCAUGCUGUGCGCCAGCGUCGGAAAGGAGGGCAAGGACUCCUGCCAGGGUGACUCCGGGGGCCCCCUGGUCUGCAAUGAGUCACUUCAAGGCAUUAUCUCCUGGGGUCAGGAUCCGUGUGCUGUCACCCGGAAGCCAGGCGUCUACACCAAGGUGUGCCGAUAUGUGGACUGGAUCCAGGCAACCAUGGAGAACAACUAG